AGGGUGCAAAUAUGGGUAGGGAUGACCCUGUCUGAUGUCAGACCCAAAUGACUCUGGGGCAAAAGUCACCUCCUUCAGAGACUCCUGAUCUCCUGAAGAUGCCUCACCUCCUCUGCUGUGUUUACUGCUGCCACCUGAUAAAGGCUCAAGGUGAUGUCGUCUCUUCUACGGGAGGAGAUGCAGAGAGUUUUAUUCCGACCUGCAAAACAGAGGCUUGUGGAGUUUAUUGAGAUUGAAGAGCCAUCACCAGGAAGACAUUUUCUCUGUGUGUCAGCUGCAAAAAAAGCUGUGGUACAAUUAUCUAUAGUGGGAUGCCAGGUGUCUGAGACAUCAAUAAAAUCUGGAUCCAAGAGGACCCAAACCAAGCGUUCCAGUAUACAGGACUGCUACAGGAGGACUGAGAUCUGGUCCUUGCAAGACCUGAAUCUUGUUGAUGGAAGGGAUCCAGAUGUGGAUGACCCAUGUUUUCUGCUGCAUUUUGACAAGGUGCGUACAGUGACAGCCAUCAGCUGCUCAGCCAAAUAUGCAUUUGUGCGAGCUCUUGUUGCUCUGAGCGACCAACACUGUCAGAGGUCACUGAACCUACGGAACUUUGACUGGACCUACAUCAAACCCACAUCCUUCUACUCCAACAGAGGAGACUGUGUGGUUCUCUCACAGAUAUGCUUCUACGCAUUUAAUUUAGUAUGUUUGUCCAUGUGUCCUGUGCCACUGGAUGCAUAAUGAAAUACUAAAAUUCAAGUAUGUAUGUAUGUCGCAAUACAUGAGUGUAUUUGCAGGUGAAAAUGCAGUAGGAUAUAACCAUUGGGGACAAAACUGUGUUGCACAGGUAUGAACUGUGGUUUCUCUUGCAUUUAGGCUUAUUCCUGCACAAAAGGUAUAUGUUUACAUGUUUUGCAUCAUCUGAAGGUACAUGUAACAAACUGAAAAUGAAUGUUUUAAGCACUUUUUAUUUGUAUCAUUGUAUGAGCCUAUUUGAAUGUAAAAUAUAGUUUUGUGAUCUUUAUAGGUUUUGCUGUACAAGAUAAGAUCCUGUGUG